UCUCUCUCUCUCUCUGUGUGUGUGUGUCUUUGGUGAGGGUCGUGCUGCAAUGGCUGAUCUUACGCCAUCCUCGGCCAAAAGGACAUGUGAGAUGCCGGAGCGGGCCAAGCUGCACUUGGCCAUGCUGGCCUUGCAGUUUGGAUACGCCGGUUUCCAUGUCGUUUCGAGAGCUGCUCUUAAUAUGGGAAUAAGCAAAGUAGUGUUCCCUGUCUACAGGAACAUCAUUGCUUUGCUUCUGCUUGCCCCCUUUGCGUUUUUCCUCGAAAAGAAAGAAAGGCCGGCCCUCACACUUUCUUUCACUAUCCAGUUCUUCCUCCUCGCACUUUGUGGGAUAACAGCAAAUCAAGGGUUCUACCUUCUGGGUUUGGAGAAUACGUCACCUACGUUUGCCUCUGCUAUACAAAACUCGGUCCCGGCCAUAACCUUUCUCAUGGCUGCUGCUCUUAGGAUAGAGCAAGUUCGCAUAAGAAGAAAGGACGGAAUAGCGAAGGUUGUGGGGACAGUGGCAUGUGUAUGCGGGGCUAUGGUCAUAACCCUUUACAAAGGGCCUGUCAUUUUUAGGCAAGCUUCCCUAAACCUGAACCUAACAAGGCAUUGGCAGCAGCAACAGGUGCCGUUGUUGGGGGAUGCAAAGGAAAAGAGUUGGACCUUGGGGUGCAUCUACCUCAUUGGUCACUGUCUCUCCUGGUCGGGCUGGUUGGUUUUGCAGGCACCAGUCCUCAAGAAAUAUCCAGCGCGUCUCUCUGUCACCUCCUUCACCUGCUUCUUCGGUGUCUUACAGUUCCUCGCCAUCGCUGCUUUCCUUGAGAGGGAUCCCCAAGCUUGGUCCUUUCACUCGGGUGGCGAGGUGUUCACCAUCCUUUACGCGGGAUUCGUGGCUUCCGGGAUAGCCUUCGCUGUUCAGAUAUGGUGCAUCGACAGGGGCGGUCCUGUCUUCGUGGCAGUCUACCAACCUGUUCAGACACUGGUUGUCGCCAUCAUGGCCUCCAUUGCUUUAGGCGAACAGUUCUACUUGGGAGGGAUCAUCGGCGCUGUAUUGAUUAUUGCUGGAUUAUACUUGGUUCUUUGGGGUAAAAGUGAGGAGCGAAAGCUUGCCAGUGAAACUGCUGCGUCACGACUGCCAUCUGCCGUUUCCGACCAUGGGAACCGGGCCGCCCCUCACAAGUCCUCCCUUGUCCAGCCACUCCUGCCUUCAACUUCCGAAAAUGCUGUCUGAUGAAAGAAAAAAAAUAAGAAAGAGAUCUCCUACUU